AAAAGCACCAUUUCGCUCUGGCAAGUGGCAAAAUCACACCAAACCUUGCAAUCCAUCAAGGCAUCAAUAGCGGAAACGGGCUCCCAACGAAGCUGGUGCUCGACUGGUGGCUACGACCAUGGCGCAGGCAGACCCUAACAGGACGGUCGUCGAGGAGGUUGCGGGCUGGAUCCGCGUCUACUCUGACGGCAGUGUCGAGCGGCUGACCCCGCCGGGAGCCGAGCCUUUCACCGCGGACGUCCCGCCCUAUGCCGAGCCACGGGGCGGCGUGACCGUCCACGACAUCACCACGGGCCACGGCGUCAACGUCCGGCUCUACCUCCCGGAGGCGGCUGGUGAUCAGUCGCCGCCCCGGCGGCGUCCGGUCCUCGUCCACUUCCACGGCGGCGGCUUCUGCGUCUCCCGCUCCUCGUGGGCGCUCUACCACAACUUCUACGCCCCACUCGCCGCCGAGCUCGGCGUCGCGGGCAUAGUCUCCGUUUACCUCCCCCUCGCGCCCGAGCACCGCCUCCCCGCCGCCAUCGAUGCCGGCCAUGCCGCGCUCCUGUGGAUCCGUGAUAUCGCACACGGCGGCAGCAACGUCAACGGCGAUGAGCACUCUACGGCAGCGGUGGAACGGUUCCGUCACGCUGCCGACUUCUCCCGCGUGUUCCUCAUCGGCGACAGCUCCGGCGGCAACCUUGUGCACCUCGUGGCUGCCCGCGCUGGCGAGGAGGAGAAGCUGGGAGUUCUGCACCCGGUGAAGCUCGCCGGCGGAGUGCUCCUCCACCCCGGCUUCGCCCGGGAGCAGAAGAGCCGGUCGGAGCUCGAGAACCCACCGAGCCUGUUCCUGACGCCGGAGAUGAUCGACAAGCUCCUCGCGCUCGGCUUGCCCAUGGGCGUCAACAAGGACAGCCCUUACGCAUCGCCGGAGCUGGCGGCCAAGGCCGUGGCGCAUGUGCGGAUGCCGCCGUUCCUGCUCAUGGUUGCGGAGAAGGACCUGCUCCAUGAUCCGCAGGUGGACUACGGGAAGGCCAUGGAGCACCUUGGGAAGAAGGUGGAGACGGUGGUCAGUCGAGGGGACGUCGCGCACAUCUUCUAUCUCAACUUCUUCGCCGUGCAGUCCGACCAGCUCACGGCGAAUAGGACGAAGGAGCUCGUUCAUACCAUCAAGUGUUUCAUCGACCGGCACUGAUAUGAUCAUCCAUCCAGGAGGAAUAUGCGUUGGAUCUUCAUUUCAGUUGGUUACUUUGUUCAUCAUCUUCCUGCCACGUCAUUGUUUGGGUUGAUGGUUUUUACAUUGCAACAUAGAUUGGCAUAUUUUAUUGAAUUUUAACUCAUCACUGUUCUGAUCGAUGUUUGAUCAUUUCAAAGCAAUUUACUUCUA